AUGGCCAAAGUCAUUCUCUCAAUCAACGCUGGCUCAUCCUCCGUCAAGGUGUCAGUAUUCAGAGGAAGCUCCAAAGAUGCCGAGCCCUCUCAGCUUGCCGAAGUGUCAGUUGCUGGAUUGACUGCACCUCCUNCAACACUCACAUACAAACGUGGAGACAACAAAAUCAAGGACGAGGAGAUUGAAGGUGUAAGCACUCAGGAAGAUGCAUUCAAGUACAUUCUUGAGCACCUCCUGAAUGAUAAAGAUCUGCCCGAGCUCAAGAACAAGGAGGACAUCGAGUUCGCAUGUCACAGAGUGGUUCAUGGAGGAGACUUUGACAAGCCUACACGAAUUGACAAGGAGACUUAUCAUCACAUUGAAGAGCUUUCUGAUCUUGCACCUCUCCAUAACGCAGGUGCCUUAACCAUCGUCAAAGCUGUUCAUGAGCAACUGCCUAAGGCAACCAACAUUGCUUUCUUCGAUUCAGCAUUCCAUUCUUCGAUCCCAGAGCACAUCCGAACAUACCCCAUCGACCAAGAGCGAGCAAAGCACAACAAGCUUCGCAAGUAUGGCUUCCACGGUCUCUCAUAUGCAUUCAUCACCAGAUCAGUGGCCGAAUCUCUCAACAAGCCUGUCGACUCUCUCAACAUAAUUGCUCUCCAUCUUGGAAGUGGUGCCUCUGCAUGCUCCAUCGUCAACGGAAAAUCCUUCGACACUACCAUGGGCUUGACACCCUUGGCCGGUCUUCCCGGUGCAACCAGAUCAGGCUCGGUCGACCCCAGUUUGAUCUUCCACUUCACGCACACUGCUGGAAAGCCCAGUCGCAGCAGCACUAAGGAUCUGCACAUCACCGAGGCCGAGGAGAUUCUCAACAAAAAGAGUGGAUGGAAUGCUAUCGCUGGUACCACUGACUUUGGCGUAAUCAGCUCGAAGGCAGAGCAAGGUGACAAGGCAUGCCAACUCGCCUUUGACCUGUUUGUCGACAGAAUCCUGGGUUUCGUUGGUGGCUACUACGUCAAGAUGGGAGGCAAGCUCGAUGCUCUGGUGUUCGCUGGUGGUAUUGGAGAGAGGGGCAGUCAACUUCGUGCUCGUGUGGUCGAGCACUUGAACUGCCUUGGUCUCGAGCUUGACGAAGCGAAGAACAAGAAACCUGAUGACAAGGAAGUGGUGGACAUUUCGAAAUCUGGAUCCAAGCACAAGGUCCUCAUCUGCCAGACGGACGAACAGACUGAGAUGGCAAGGCAAUGUGUGCAAAACGCAGAUGACUUUCGCAAGCAAGCCUAA